UCACCGUUAUAGCCAAAAAGUUUUCGAUUCUCUGCUCGCUUCUCCAGCUUACACCGAUUGUGUCCAUCUCGACUCCAUGUUUCGUAGGCUCUUUUGCACAUUUGUGGCCCCAUCCAAUCUUCACCAUCGUCGCCUUCUUCCGAUCUCUCACACAAACUUUCAGAAAGCCCUCCCUCUCGCCAAUCCCAUCCCUAAUUUGCUCACCGAAUCUUACGUCGUUGCAAGAUUUCAAAAUAUCAGAGCGUUCCCGCGAUUUUCUUCCUCCUAUUCACGAAUGGGUGAUUCCCGGCGGCCGUUGUCGGUUCCCAUUCCGGCCGUCGACAAAGCCGACAAGUCUGAGCUCCUUCGUGCUCUCGAAUCGUCUCUGGGUUCGUCGUUUAGCUCAGAGGCUGUGAUCCCAAAUCCGAUGCCAUUGAUAAUAGUAAUUAGCGGACCGAGUGGUGUUGGAAAGGACGCUGUAAUCAAGAAACUAAGGGAAGCUCGGGAGGGUCUUCAUUUUGUGGUCACUGCAACGAGUCGAGCGAAACGACCAGGUGAAGUUGAUGGAAAGGAUUAUUUCUUUGUGAGUAAAGAGGAGUUUCAAUCCAUGGUUGAGAGGGACGAGCUUCUGGAGUACGCGCUUGUGUAUGGAGAUUAUAAAGGUAUCCCAAAACAGCAAAUUCGGGAAUAUAUGGGCAAAGGGUAUGAUAUUGUGUUGAGGGUGGAUAUUCAAGGGGCUCAAACAUUGAGAAAAAUUCUUGGUAACUCGGCAGUUUUCAUUUUUCUUGUGGCUGAAAGUGAAAUGGCAAUGGUGGAGAGGUUGGUUGAUAGAAAGACAGAAACUGUAGAGUCACUGCUUGUGAGGAUUGCUACGGCUAGAGAGGAAGUGAAGCAUCUAAAGAAUUUUGAUUAUGUAGUUGUGAAUGCUAAAGGGAGGCUUGAAAAUGCAGUAACAUUAGUGAGUUCCAUAAUUGAUGCUGAGAAAGCUAAGGUCUCGCAAAGGAGUGCUGUAGUAUAGUAUAGGUUACUAACUGUUAUGAUUCUGGUUAUUAAGUUUCAGAUUUUGUGGGUAUGAGCUAUUUGGAGGAUACAAGGCUUUGCACAAAGAUUGUCUAAUACUUUUGGUAAACACAGCGAAAAUCAAUUGACAAAUCUGGUACUAAUGAGAUGUGUCUUGUCGGAGUGUUAAAUGGGCUUUGAUUUAUGUAAAAGGAUUUGAAGUUUUAUCCUAAAUUUAGAACUUAAAUCAACAAUGGCCCAUGUCUUCUGACCGUGAAAAAAAGCUACGAUAAGGCACUUGAAAAUAUUGGAUCCUUUGCAAUUAUGUAGUCAUGUAUUUCGAGAGAGAGAGAGGCAGCAAAAUAUGUUUCUGUGUAUCUGUUUCUUUUCUUCUCUUUAUAAUUAUCAUCUUUUAUCUUUUUAUCUCCUUUGCGAUUUGUUCCAUAUUCUCUGGCUAAUUCGUGUGUCCUAGUGCAUUUUUUUUAAGGGGGAAAAAAAAAAGGAGCAUUCUUCAACUUGCUGUGACUGUUCGUUUGAUGUGAACAAUUGAACAGAGAAUGCCAUAAAACCUGAAUUUGUGAUCUGAGCUCACUGUCAAUGAAAAGAACAUGGUUCCUUUUGGUGCUUUCCAACCAUUCGUUUCAUGUUUCUGUAGACAGAUAUUAUGUUGAUUGUUCUCACACUCCUGCUGCAACACCUAUUGUAGUCCAAUUUUUAGUUAAUGUUAGUUUCUUCCAUCCA